AUGAUUCAUAGAGCUCACGUAGAGGCUAUAGAUAGGACUCUAAGAGAUAUUAGAAGCUGUGAUAAAAUCAUGGGUGGGAUUACUGUCAUGUUUGCUGGGGAUUUUCGGCAAACUUUACCAGUAGUAGUAAGAGGAACUAGAGCAGACAUUGUAAAAUCUUGCCUCAAAAGUUCUCCAUUAUGGAAAUUUGUUCAUACCUUAAAACUAUCUACGAACAUCAGAGCACAUUUGGGGGGAGGUAGUACAAAUUUUCUUUUGAAGUUACUUUUAAUUGGAGACGGAAAAGUACCUCAUUUUGAAAAUAAAAUACCUAUUGAUCAAGAUUUAGGAGAAAAAGUGACUAGCAUUGAGAGUUUAAUAUCAAAAGUUUACCCAGAUAUCGUCGAAAUAGAAAAUAAAGAUUAUCAAUGGAUGUGUCAACGAGCAAUAUUGGCGGCGAGAAACAGUAGUGUUGACGAAAUUAACGAUUUAAUUUUACCUAAACUUCCAGGGGAUAUAGUCACCUACACUUCUAUUGAUAAUGUAAUGGAUCAAGAAGAUGCAGUCCAUUAUCCACAGGAAUUUCUUAAUUCUUUAAACCCGAGCGGCCUCCCCCCACAUUCUCUCAAGUUAAAAAUUGGUGCCCCAAUUAUUUUACUUAGAAAUCUUAAGCCACCAAAUUUAUGA